GCAGAGUGGGGAUUUGAACCAGCUCUCCUCCUCAGGGGACCAUGCCAAGCUCAGAGCCAGCUGACUUCACAGUGCAUGUCCUACCCACCCCACACUGCCCAGCGAGGGUCGGUAAGAAGGCAACGGGAGGCCCACUGCAGGGAAUCUGGACUCUGUCCGCCUGUGUCUGAGGAUGAGGUCAUGGCUGCCCUGAGGUGGCCCAGGCCCUCCCAGCAGCCAGGUGACCUGCGGGGAGCUACCCAUGUGGCCUGGUCCGACUACAUCGAGCAGCCAGGCCCCCAAGGGAAGGCCUGCAGCUACCCAGUGUGGUCCGAAGCCGAUGAGGCCAAGGAUGGGGACAGCUCGGUGUCAUCGGGCCGCCUCUCUGGCUCCUCUGGGGGCCAUGAGUCCUGCACAUCUCCCCCCGGACCCUGGAAGGAGAAGCCCCCGCAGGUGCUGGGGCCCUGGCGGCCAGCCAGAGAGAGCAACCCGAGGCUGGAGCAGCUGAGGGACAGGAUCCGGGCCCAGGCACAGUGGCAGGCCAGCUGCGCCUCCCUGGGCACCUCCACACGGUCCAGCACCUCACGCCUCUGUGGAGCCCCCAAGGCAGACCCUCGGAGGAAGGCCAGGAAGCUGACGACCCCCUCUGCAGCCCCAUGGGACACCCUCAGGCUCAGGUCCUCCGCCAAAGGCUUAGGCACCCCGAGUGUGGCUCUGUGUGGAGUGGAAGACAAGGCAAUUCCUGGCCGGGGGCGAGAGCCCUCGAGGAUUCCCCAGCGCCAGGCCUCAGUUCCACUCGAGAAAGCCAAAAGGAUGAAAAGUAGUCCUUGUAAAAGGGAGAAGGCCCUCAUAGCACCCACCCCCAGAAGAGCUGCCAAAGACAAAGGGGACAACAGGAAAGUGGGGGCUGCCAAGAGCUCUCCUGUCUGCCCCCGGAUGCCUAGUCCAGCCUUUCUCCGCGGUGACCUGCAGGUGUCUGCCAACGCACCCAGCCUGGCUUCUUAUGAUCAGCCUGUGACCAUCCAAAACGCCCUGGCUGUCCUUAGAGACCUCCGCCAGCAAAUCCAGACUGGGCUGGAGCUGGCCCAGAGCCGCCACCCCAGGGCAGGGCCAGAGCUGGGGAGGUCAAAGCUGUGGCUGCAGAACCUGGCAGGGAGGAAGCAGCAGGGUCCCUGGAGCAUCUCGGAUGUGCGGGGCCCCUUUUCCAAGAGUCCUCAAGCUGGGAUGGAGGGGAAGCACUCCUCCUUAGAGAGGGCUGGCAGCUUCCCCAGUGGGCAUCACCGGAACACCCUGGCUGGGAGGGAGUCCUAUCCCCAGAAGACUGGAACUGCCCAAGGAUGGAACCUCUCCUUUCAGAGGCCUGGGAGCCCCCCUGAAAGGCUGACCUCCUUCCCCCGGCGGCCCUGGAGUGCCUCCGCUGGGCAGGCCUCCAGGCUCCAGAGGACCGGGGAGGCCCAAGGAUGGAACCCCUCCUUCCUGAGGUCUGGGAGCCCCUCUGAAAGGCUGACCUCCUUCCCUCAGCGGCCCUGGAGUGCCUCCGCUGGGCAGACCUCCAGGCACCAGAGGACUUGGACUGCUUAUGAAGACUGGGAUACCCCCACCCGGAGACCACUGAGCCCUCUUGCCCAGCGGGCCUGGAGUGCCUCCUUCACGCAGAGCGCUGGCACCUCAGGCAAGGGCAGAGGACCCCUCCUGCCUCCCUCGGGAGUCAAGCGGGGCUGGCCGAGGAAGGAGAAAGAGGUACGGGUGCCGCCACCCUGCCAGAAGCCCCAGGGGGUCCUGGACCACCCCUACAGCUCUGAGGCGCUGCGGGAGUUCAUGCACCAAAAGUCGCUGGCCCGGCAGCAGCAGGCCAUGAAGGAGAAAGCCUCGGCUGUGCGGGCCCUUGAGCUGAGGAACCAGAGGCUGCAGGACGUCUACAGGAAACAGAGGGAGGCCGUCCUCAGCAAGGCCAUCCCUGUGGUCUCCCAGACGACCCCCGGCAUUGUGACCUUCUUCCCACAUUGUGCACAGUCCAGGGGCCUAGAAGCCCCCGGGAGCCUGGGGUCCCCUGUCCUGGAGUGGAGCAAGGUGACAUCGGGCAUGGUGCUGGGGGACCAGGAGGCCCCAGGCAGCUUCUGCCUGUGUUUGAACAAAGCCUUGAAUCGCACUGAGACCCUAGAGACAGGCGGCCCCCAGGACAGCUGGGAGGGCACCCCCGUACUGAUGUCGGCCCGUUCCUCCUUGGGCCCCCUGAAGCUCCAGGACCUGACCACCCGCUACCCGCGCCCCGGGGUAUGCAUCUACCUGGACCCCGAGGAAAGCGAACGCCUGGGCAUGCCGGGGCCCCUGCACUUCCGGUACAAGCAGGCCCGGCUACAGGCACUGGAGACCAUGGCCAAUGUCUUGAAACAGCGGAUUGACAUCCUGACGGCCAAGCUGCACAAGUCAGAGGCACCGGACACUGUUGGGGACCCAGUCUCAGACCUGUCAUCCUCACGCCCCAGCAUGGUGCCCGCUGACCCUACGCCUGCAGACCCAGUCUGCCUUGGAGCUCUGGUGCCCAACGGGAGCAGAGGGGCCCCCUGGGACUGGACGGACAUGCGGGCCAGGCCACUGGUCUCGCCCACCUGCUUCCCAGGUGGCCAGACGUUGCCAUGGAGUCCCGACUGGGAGCGGCGGCAGAGUGUGAGCCCAAGGGGCCAUUACAACAGCAGGCCCCGAGGUUUCAUUGAGGACGGGUGUUUGGAGCUGGAUAACAGGCUGGCAAGAAACACGGCUUCCUUCCCGGCCCUCGGCUCCUUCAUCGGGAGCUCCCUCGGGGUGCCAGCCGUGUUGGACCCCACCUGUGGCUCCCUGCAGCUGGAGGAGAUGCCGGCGGCUAGAAGGGUGGGCUCCGUCAUGCCCUGGACCAUGAGAGGCUGUGGUCAAUGUCUCCAGCACCUUGCCAACAUCCCCCGGAAAUCCCCGGGCUUUCUCAAGUCACUGCAGCCGGACCUGCAGGAGCAAGAGCAGGCGCUGGCCCUUCUGCGGCAGCGGGCAGAGCUGGAGGUCUGGGAGACGCAGAAGGCCCUGGACCAGCUGCUCUUCAAACACUGUCCACAGCAGCUGAUGAAGAAACAUUCCACCCAGGCCAGGCCAGAUCCAGCUUCGGAGCGGGAGCAGCCACAGGUGUGCGGAGACCUGCAGCCGGGGACCUCACCAAGUACCGUGACAGCCAGACCCAGAUCACACCCAGUGCUGGGCAGAGAGGCUGCUGCAGCCCUGCAGGGUCCCCAGGACGGGCUUUGGGCGCAGAAGGACAAGUCAGCUUCUGCAGAGCCCAGGCAGGAAGUGGGACCAGACCAAGUGUUUCUGCAGCUGCCGCAGGCCAGGCUCUAUGCUCGGGUCAACCCCACCCACCAGAUGCUCGAGCUGAGCCAGCGGGAGGAAAAGCUGCGCGCGCAGCACCAGGCUGCGCUGCUGCGCCUGCGCGAGAAAGCUCUGGAGGAGAAGAUGCGCGCCGAGCUGGCCUGGUUGGAGCAUCAGCGACGGUGUCUGGGCAGCAAGGGGAGCGCCGCCUUGCUGGCAGCCUUGGCAGAGAGACAGCAGCAGGCCCUCAGCCGGUUAGAGCAGGAGCAGAGAGAAAUCCGGUGCCUGCAAAACACUCACCUGUUCUCACACAAGGAGAGGAUGCUGCUCCUGCAGCACCAGAAGGACAUCCUCUCCCUGCGGAAGGCUGUGAAGCAUCUGCAGCAGGAGUUCCAGGCCCGGACCGGAGUGCCUCAGAGCUCUGGCCCCGGAGUCAAGCCUGCUCCGAUGGAGGGGUCCAAAACAAGUCCACAACCCAAGAGGCCGGCCCAGGGCUCCUCGUGCCCCCCGACACCUCGUGGGCCCCGCAACCUCACCAGCCACGGCCUCCAGAGAAGCCCUGAGAGACCAGGAGCCCAACAACUUCCCAUCGGGCAGGAGGACAGGACACCCCCCCAGGCCACGUCAGCUACAGACAGUCACCGGCUGCCUCCAAGGCCUCUGUGGGGAGUGGACACGCUUGUGGCCAGCGGCUGGCCUGACACUGGGGGCCAGCUGGCAAAGAGCCACAGCCCCGUGGGCCAAGGAGACCCGCAGCUUAACCCCAGCUCCUUGUCGUCAAAGGAGGAGACCAGGCCUCUGAAGGGAAGCCCCGCACAGGAACUCCAGGGCCGGUGUUCCCUGGGCAGAGGGGCUCCCUGCAGCCCCCCAAAAGCCAGUGUGGUUGAAGGCAGCACAAGCCCAGCAGGGUCGAAAUUGGGGCUGGAUUUUUCCAGCAGCCCCAUGGAGGAUCCCCACCAAAUGGAAAGCUGGUGGUUGGGGGAACAGAGGAUAGAGCCCUGUUGGCAGGAGGACCCCUACAACCCCUUCCCUCAGCUGGAAGCUGCUCCGCUCACUGCUGCUCCAGCUCCUGCACCACCCAGCCUGCGUGAGGGCAGCCCCCUGGGCCUGGGCCCGGAGUCUGAGUCCAAGUACACUCCCUGGAGCUGCUCGGGGUCUUCUGCAUGGUCCCACACCGUGUCCCCUGUGAAAGAGCUGUCCUGCCCCUCUCUCCAAGAGUUUCAGAAAGUGUCCGCCACUCUGGUGCAGCUUUCCGAGAGCUCCACGUCCCUGUUGGACUGGGCAGCUGGGGAUGCCCCAGACGGGGAACCUGGCAGGUCAGGGUCAGAGCUGUCAGAGGCGUCCAGCAAAGUCUGGGACGAGGAGAACCUGCUGGAGCCAGGCCCUGGUGCGGACCCAGCCUUAGGGCACUCCUCGCUGGCAGGAGGCUCAUCCCACCUGGAAAGUGGUGGGGUGUCCUGCUCUGCACUUCCUUCCUUGGACCUUGGGAAGGAGCAGGAAGCUUCUGGAACCAGUGGGAGCAUGAUCAGUGGAUUACAUGCAGAGAGAGCCAAACAGAAGUCCCCCGAGGCUGCCCGAAAGCCACUCCCAUCCAAAGCCUCUUCCUCCAGUGACUUAGAUCUGUCCCUUUCCUCUCCCUCGGGGUCCUUGACAUCUGAAAAGGUGGAUUUAGCCAAAGGAGAGCCUGUGCUUCUGCAGGCCUCAGCUGGCCGCCCACAGGAGCCCGGGAAUGCUGACCUGAGUCCAUCCAAUGACAAGAAACCCCAGGAGGCCGGGUCUGAACCCAAGGUCCCUGGGAGCCUGAGGGCUCCUCCUGGGGACCCUGGCAGUCUGGUAGCCCUGACACCUGAGGGCCGGGCUCCUGGGCAUAGCGGGGGUGGAGACUCCCCUGCCCUGGAGGAAGCCUGCCCCACCCUGGCCAGCAGGGUCUUGCCUGAGAUCCUGUCCCCUGUCGACGACGUGCUGUCCUACAGCAGUGCCGACCUCCAGUCCUCCACCCAUAGGGACGCCAGCCUCCCUCCUCCACCUCCCACCUUCCCAGCAGAGAGUGAGGCCAGCCCCACCAGCCCCCACUCAGAAGACUUCCCUCCCCCACCUGAAGAUGCCAUGUUCCCUAGGGGCCCCCCAGAGGAGGACGCCUCCAUCAAAACUGGAGAGGUGCCCUCCUUGUCUAAGAAGGCCCUGCCUGAGGCCCUGUCUCUGGGGCCCCAGGAGUCAGGGCUCUUCCUGGGGGCAGGUGCGCACAGUGGAAGCUUUGAGGACAAGUUGGGUGGAUCAAGGUCUGAUGGGGGAACCCAGGCCGUGGGCAGCGGGUGGUCUGAACCGAUUGGCUGGCUAGGCUCCCCAUCAUGGGGGGCGGUGGGUGAUGCUGCACGGCAGGUGAUGCUGCAGCCCCCAGCCCCAUCCAGAGUGGCCUGUAUGGCCGGGGAUGGUCUUCCAGUAUUGCUGGUGGCUGGUGGCACAGGGCUGUCUGGCACCGGGCAGAAGGGCCCCUGCAUCGACCCACCCGGUGCAGAGAGAGCCGAGGCGGUCGAUUUAGUCUCCAGCCAGCUCACUAGAAGGAUCCUGUGCGACUCACUAGCUCUGGUCUCAGAGCUGGCCCAGCCGGCGGCCCGCUGACAGAGCUGGCCUGUCCCCUAGGCUGACCCAGCGGCCUCGGGAGGAUGAGACUCCUGAGAAGACAGUGCAGCCCCCGUGGUGACAUGCAGGCACCUGUGACAUUAUACUCAUGUGUGCCCACAUGUGCCCACGUGUGCAGAAGGCUCUGGAAGCCUGGACACCUGAGGGCAGAGCCACCAUUCAGAGUAGCCACCUGCAGCUGGCCGUGCUGGUGGUCAUCUGACACUAGGCCGAGGACAGUGUGGUGGGAGACAUCAAGUGCAGUGGGCUCGGUAUUUUUUUGAACUUUGGGUUCAACUCCCAGGGCUGAGCCAGGCAGCAGGCCACGGAGAGCAUGAGCCAGGACUGAGAGCCAUCCACAAAGGCCGGGAGAGAGAGGUUCUGGGGAAGCAUGGGUGAGGUGGGCAGGGGGCACGUUUGCACUGACUCAGCCCCCAGCUCUCCUGGCGCCCAAGGCCCAGGCCUGCGAGGAUUAGAGGAGCCACCAGCUCAAGGGCCAAAGGUCAUCAGCCAAGCUUGGCCUGUCUUUUGGCAGCAGGUGGGCCACAGACUCCCUGAGUGCUCAGGACCUUCUUGGAGGACACCGGAGCCCGUUUCCUGGUGGCCAUCCAUUGUGGCCCGUUGUGGAAUGAGGGCCGUCUUCAGGGGUGGGGGCAGGGUGCUGAUCCCUCCAGGGCUUGGCUGCGCCCAUCCAGAGCCUUAGACAUCCCCAGCUUUUAGAGGGUAGCUCAUCCCCUUCCCCUUGACUGCACUUAUGUGGAGCCCCAGGAAGAUCCAGACUUUCGUGACUUGGAGUUGAGAUGGGAGCUGUCCCCAAAGCUGGCCUGGGAGAGCCCUGAAGUCUGCCUGCGCCCUCCACCCUCUAGCUCCGGAGAGGGGCCCUCUCCAGGAAGCCCUCCCCCAGGCGCCAGCUCUGGGGCAGCCGCGUGUGCAGGUCGGCUGCUGGCCAGGUCAACCUUUGUCACACGCCGAGUUGUUUUGCAGCUCAGGGAGGCACCAGCUCAGACAGUUCUUGCUGAUUCCACCCAGGAGAGGCUUGGAUGGGGAACAGGGGUUGUGUUCCAGCUCUGUGUACACAAUUUCCAAACAGAUUCUGAGCUACAGCUUUCUUAUCGAUUUCCUUCUCGUUUUCUGAACAGAUUAGUCUGUAAUUUUUUUUUCUGUUUAUUGCUGACUCUUUUGGAUUUACAAGGCCAUGUGAGAGGAAUUAUGUAUUUUACACACACGCGUUUGGCAUGGUAAUAAAUCUCCAACAUCAAAACCCUGCA